AUGAAGGUGAGCCCGAUAGUGGACGCGACGGAGCCGCAGCCGUCGUCGCAGCCGGAGGAAGUGGUGUUGGCAAUGGAGGUGCCCGCCAAGAAAAGGGCAGGAAGCAAGUCGCGCUCCCCGCUCAUCACCAUUCUCAUCCUCACCGCGGUCGUGGGCGUCAUGGCAACAAGCAUCACCACAGGCGUGUACUAUGGGACCAAGUCAGUAUCCUCGUCCUCUACCAGCCAAGGUGCCGGUGGAAGCAACGCGAACGACGUCAGUGGCACUGCUACCAACGCAACAACAGGCAACAUCGCUGGAGGCAACUCAACCACAACUGCAACGACAACAACAACAACCACCACCACCACGACCACAACCACCACAACAACCACCACAACGACCACGACAACGACUACCACAACAACGACCACAACGACCACAACGACAACGACAACGACAACAACAACGACAACAACAACGACGACCUCGACAACACGUGCAGCUGCGGCCAUGGUCACGUUCCGAUAUGCUGGUAUUCAGCAAAUCCUGUCAACCGCUGUCAACGACGCCGGUGUGGUGUGCAUGGUUGGUAACUCCAACCAGGCCAUCUUUGGUGACACCUUUCAAGGCGACUUCGAUGCGCUCAUUGCAUGCUUCGACGCCACUGACCAGCUCGUGUGGGGCAAGACGUUUGGUACCACCUUCUAUGACUGGGCAACCAGCGUGGCCUUCGACAGCAACGGUGACCUCCUUGUGACGGCUGCUUUACGUGUCUUUGCGGGCUGGAGCGGCGACUUGACGCUGAUGAAGCUUGACAGCGCAACCGGCAGCGAGAUCUGGAGCAAGACUUUCCCGCAAGGCACCGGAUCCGCACAAGCGAUUGUCACAGUCGACACUGUGAACGGCGGCCUGCUUUUAUGCGGCGACGUCACCAACGACCGGAAAAUCGACGACACUGGUGCUUCAACGUCAUACUACGAUCCUCGCGACGCCUACGUGAUGCAUCUUGACGACGACGGCAACAAGGAGUGGGAGACGUACCUCCGCCACGCGUCCAACGAGGAGUUCCGCGCAUGUACAGUUGGCGCAGACGGCAGCAUCUACGCCGCCGGCUUCACAACCGGCAGCCUGUACGGUGACACGAACCAAGGUGGUGACAGCGACGCCUUGGUCGUCAAGUUUGACAGCAAUGGCACGUUCCUUUGGGGCAAGACGCACGGUGGCGAUGCCCGGGACCAGUUCUACAGCAUUGCCGUGUCGAGCAGCGGUGAAGUGUUUGUGGCCGGUCUAAGCGACAGCAGCAGCGCGCUCGGCAACCCGCCCAAAGGGAGUGUGGACAGCGUCUUUGCCCGCUUGAGCGCGGACGACGGCAGCAUCGUGUGGGCAUCCGACGAGCUUGCUACAAGCGGUGGCGACUAUGGAUUCACCGUGCUUGUUGACGAUGCUGGCAACGCCGUGUUUUUCGGCGCGGCCUUCGGCGAUGUUCUCGGGCAAACGCAGGAUUCCGAAGUUGAUCUCGUCGUUGCUGCCGCUAGACCCUCGGAUGGCUCGAUCAUGUGGGGCGAGCUUGUCAGAACGGGACACGGUGCUGGAAGAGAGUUCAUGCGUGGCGCACGCAGCAACAACGGCCGCAUUGUUGCUGGCGGCUAUCGUACUGGAGAUGGAACGCUUGACGAUCAGGACAUAGCCCUGGUCCGCUUCUACGGACCAAACCCUUGA